AUUAAUUUCUUCAUGAAAAGCUUUAGAAAUUACAUUAAACCCAUUUUCCACAUCUCAACUUUGUCGUGAAUUACAAUAGUAGUAGUAGAUAUUAGAAGGAUGUCUAGGAAAGUCCAUCUUCUACUUCCAUUGCUUGUGGUGAUAUUGUUAGCUUCUUCUUUUUCCUUGUGUUUCAGUCACCGUGUUCAUCCACAUGCCGUGUUGAAGGUCUCUUCGCAAGCAAGCUCUCGUUCGGAUGAUUCUUCUCGGAUAAUUAAUGUGGACGAUUUUGGCGCUAAAGGUGAUGGAAAAACAGAUGACUCCAAGGCGUUUAAGGAUGCUUGGAAGAAAGCUUGUUCGACCAAAGAGCCUGUAGUUCUCUUGGUUCCUAACAGCAAGUAUCUGCUCAAGCCAAUCAAAUUCUCUGGUCCUUGCAAAUCUAAUCGUCGUAGAAAUCAUCUUGCAUUAAGGAUUGAAGGAACAAUUGUAGCUUCUGAUGAUCCAUCGGACUACAAGGAUAAAACACAUUGGCUUGAGUUUGAAGAAAUUGGCCACUUAGCAGUUGAAGGCGGUGGCACAUUCGACGGCAAUGGAAACAUUUGGUGGCAAAACUCUUGCAAAGUUAACAAAUCUUUACCUUGCUCAGCCGCUCCAACUGCUGUGACUUUCACUAGAUGCAAAAAUCUGAGAGUAACCAAUUUGAAGUUCCUGAAUGCACAAAAGAUGCAUCUUUCAUUCCAAAAGUGUGUGAAUGUGAAAGCUUCCAAUCUUAAGCUAACUGCACCAGAACAUAGCCCCAAUUCCGAUGGAAUUCAUAUCACAGCAACAAGAAACAUUGGGCUAACUAACUGUGUCAUUGGAACUGGUGAUGACUGUAUUUCCAUUGUUAGUGGGUCAAAAAAUAUUCAAGCUACAGAUAUAAUCUGCGGACCAGGUCAUGGAAUAAGCAUUGGAAGCUUGGGAGCUAGAAAUUCAGAAGGUCAUGUAUCCAAUGUGUUUGUGAACAGAGCAACACUUAAAGGAACCACUAACGGACUAAGAAUAAAGACUUGGCAGGGAGGAUCCGGAUAUGCAAAAAAUAUCUGGUUUCAAAAUAUUAUGAUGGAUAGAGUGAAAAAUCCAAUAAUCAUAGAUUAAGACUACUGUGAUCAGAAAACACCAUGUCAUGAACAGAAAUCAACGGUGCAAAUCAGCAAUGUAAUUUACAGUAACAUCAAUGGAACUAGCAGUUCAGAAGUGGCAAUUAGGUUGGACUGCAGUGAAAGCUUUCCGUGCCAAAGGAUUGUUAUGCAAGAUGUGAAUUUCAAACCUGAUGGUAACGAUAUUGAUAAUGUUGAAGGUUCAUGUAAGAAUGUUCAAUUGAGGACGAGAGGGAAGGUUUCUCCAAGUUGCUCUUCAGGAGAAGACAAAGAAUUAACUCAUAGUUUUAAUUAAUUUGUAGAUAAUGUACACGAUUAUGUGGAUUGAAUUCAAUAUUCAUAUUUAUUGAGCUUAAAGGAAAAUGUUUA